AUGAUAAAGAUCCUAUUAAAAUAUAACAAAAGAAAUAGAAUACGAGUGAUACGACGAUAUUCAUCAUUAGAUACUUUCUUUAAAGAAAAUAUCCCAGUUUCAAAACAUGAAUUGAAUGAAAAAAUUGAAGAAUAUUAUCAAAAGAAAACAACAUUUGUAAAUAGUUAUCAACAUUUUAAUAGAAUAUCAGUUAGAAAUAAAUUUGAAUAUGAUGACUCACCACCAAAAGAUUUUAAUAUUAUUGUCUAUGAAAGUGAAAAUUGUAUACCUAUUGAAGGAUCUUUGGUUGAAGUUAAUGAUGAAAUACCGAAAAUUGGGUUGGUGAUAAGAAGAGCAUUAUCAAGAUUUGAUGAGAGGUACAAUAAGUUAUUAGUGUUAACUAGUGACAAUGAAUUAAUUCAAGUGUCUCCUCAAGAUGUUAUAUUUCAUUUAUACCAGGUAAAAUUGUUAAAUUAUCGAGAUAUUGUAAAUAGUAGAUAUAAUUUGGAGUAUUCAGAAAGAAUUGAAGCUGUCAACUUUUUGAAUGCUUAUAUUGAUGAUGCUUUAGAAAUGAAAAGGUCAAUAAGUUUAGAUAUUGUUUAUUCUCAAAUUGCAACUUCAUCAAUAAAACCAAUUUCAUUAACUGAUAUAGUUGAUGCGUUAAAGUUCAAAGAAUCACGAGUAAUACAAAUCACAUCAUCAUACUACUAUCAGUGUGUUUUAUUACAGAGUAUUCAUUGGAAUUUAAUAGAUUCUUGUAAAUGGAUUGUACCAAAUGCAAUACCAAAUUAUAAAACAUCAAAUUUAUUCAAUAAUUUUUCAAAUAGCUUUGUCAAAACUGAAUAUUUUAUAAAUUCACAACAAAAUUGGCAAUCAAUACAACAAUACUUGUCAAAGCAGCAUACUGAGAAGGAGCUAAAUGAGUUUAUUAAUCAUUCACAUGAUGAAAAAUUUUUGAAUGUUUAUGAAGGUCGACAUUCCAAGUAUUUAUUAGAUGUUAUGAAGUUUGCAAGGCUUUAUCCACAUAAUUCAUUGAAAUUACCUCAUUUAGACGGGUUAAAAUUUGAAUCACAACUAAUAAAUAAAGGGUCUGAUAAAUUUAUGCAUUUACGAACAAGGAAAUAUUAUCAAGAUCAAGUAAUUUAUGGAAUACCAUUAGGUAAUGUUAUAAUUGGAGUAUCUAUUGAAGCAAUAAACUCAAGAAAAUAUGUGUUAAACAUUCAUAUACCUGAUAUAUCGACUACAUUAAAAUAUGGAAAAUUCUCAGAAGAGUUUAUUAAAUCAAAGCAAUUUAAAAAUUAUCAACCAAGUACUGAAUUUGAUGAAUUUAUGAAGAAACCAACUAAGAGAAAACUUUCUGAAGUUACUUGCAUGACUAUAUCAUUUAAAUAUAAUACUUUUGAUACAAACAUUUUUGAUAAUCAUGAAAUUUCAAUAUCAUUUGAUUCAUUAUCGAAUCUAAACCUAAAGAUUGUCGAUCUGGACUUACUAGAGAAGUGUUUAUCAGGAAAACUACAGUCAAACAUCUACAAUUUAAUCAAGAGAAAUAGAGAAUUGACAAAAUUAGAUUUGGAAAAUUUAAAUUAUGUAAAUGGGGUACUCAAACACUUUUUCAAAUUGAGACAACAUAAUGGAGCUUCAAUACCUGGUGUGUUUGAUAAUGCAAAGUUUUUUCACCGUGAAUUGAAAAUCUUUGCAGGUUAUUUAACUACUGAAUAUUGUUUACAAAAUCAAAUUCCUGUAAAUAUUAGAAAACAAGAUUUAGCAGCAAGAUUUGAAAAUGAUAAAGUAGUAAUUCAGCAUGAUAAUAUAAUGUUACCUGAUUAUGAAGCUGAUAAUUAUCAUGAUUGUAUAAUUGCAAAAGAUGCAAAAAGUUUUAUUUCACCAAUGGCAUAUAUUGCAUCAAUGAAUUAUUUAAAACCAGAAAUUGUGGAUACUAAUGGUGGUAGACAUUUAAGACUAGGAUUACCAAAUGGAUAUCUGAAUAUUACCGAUGUUUUUGAUCAAGAGUCAUUGUAUAAUCAAUAUCAAAUCCUCAAAUUUCAUCAAAAAUUGAUAGAGAGAAGGAGUAAGUUGCUACAGUUACUCCCAAAGAUACCACCACCUAAAGAUACAUCAAAGAUAGACUACAUACUACGAAAGAGGGAAGUUUUAAAGAGCUUAACCAAUUUAGAAUGUAUCAUCACAUAUAUUGAACAAUUUGAUCAAUUUUCCAUCUGUAAAGCUUAUUCACCAAGAUUUGAUAUUGAAGUUGACGUUCUACUCGAAGACAUUGUCAAAAUUGGUUAUAAAGUUGUUUGUAAUGAACUAUUAAAAUGUAAUGAUAAUUUUUGUAUAUUCAAAGGAAAUAUAUAAUUUUUUCUCUUUAAUGUCAGAACGAAAGGCAAUAAAUAAAUAUUAUCCACCAGAUUAUGAUCCAUCAAAGAUACCUAAAAUACGAAAACCGAAGAAUGGAACGAUUAAAAUUAGAAUGAUGAUUCCUUUUUCAAUGAGAUGUACUAAAUGUAAUGAAUAUAUUGCUGAAAGAAGAUCAAUUAAUGCAAAAAAAGAAGUAACAAAGGAGAAAUAUUUAAAUAUUAAAAUUAUAAGGUUUACUGUCAUUUGUCCUGGUUGUAAUAACACAAUUACUUUUAAAACUGAUCCUAAAAAUGCAAGUUAUACAACUGAAUCAGGAGCUGUUCGAAAUUAUGAAUCAAAAAAAUCAAAAAAUGAAACUGAAGAUGAUUUAUUGAAAAGAUUGGAAGUUGAAGAGAUUGAAGAUCAAAAAUUUAAAUUAAAGAGCGAAAAGAGAAAGUUUAAUAAAUUUUGGAAUGAAAAAGAAGAUGGGAAUAAUUUGGAAUUGUUUCAAAAAAGAUUGGAAGAACAACAUAGAGAGCAAAUGAUUAAUCAAGAAUUAGAACAAAUAGAAGCAAAAUCAAAGAAUAUAAGUGAAAGGGCAGAUUUGGUUGAUUUAGCUCGAGGAAAACUCGAGGAAGAGGAAAUUGAAGAGCUUGAGGUUGAGCAUGAUAAAUCGAAACUACCAGUAUCUGAGAUCAAACAGAAGUUACAGAUACCCACAAAGAUCAAGAUUAAGAAAAAGGCUGUCAAUAAUUUUAAUUUAGACUACUCAUCUGAUUCUGAUUAA